AUGGGGUUGCUUCGGAUCUUCCAACAUCUCACAGCCACAGGAGGAGCCACCAACGUCGAUCCGGCUAUGUCGAAGUACCAGGCCCAGCAGAGAUUUUACAGUUGUAUCCAGGGCAGCAAGAUGACGAACGCCGAGUACUAUUCGCGCUUCAUGCAUCAUGUGAACGUGGUCAAGUACUGCAAGGGAGCACUGGGAGCAUCGAUUGCCGCAUUGGAGGACGCAUGCAGAGAAGCAAAAGUCAACAGCACCCUUGAUGAAAUGAAGAAACUCGAAGCAAAGGUGAUGGAGCGAGAAAUGGCAAUGGCAUUUCUCAUGGGCGCUGACAAGAAGCGAUAUGGCAACUUGAUCGCGCAAGCUACCAACGCUCGAUUGUUGCAUAACGGAGCCUCAACUUUCCCAACGACCAUGGCAGGAGCUUUGGAGCUGUUGAACAAUGGGCAACAGCUUCAAAUCACGCAGAGUGUUGUCCGAACCUCCGAUGUGGGAGGUGGAGCAUCUUUUUUCACUGAGGGCCAGCCAUCCGAUCAGAACGGAGCCGGCAGGCGCGAAAAUCCACGUAGAAACGGUACUGGAGGUCGUGGAAAUGGAGGACGUGGCGGUCGCGGCGGUCGCGGACGAUUUGAGCGAAACCAACCUGAAGAUCAUCAAGACGACCACGCCCACAUCAACAACAACGACGCAGAUACUGAUAACAAUAACACUGGUUCUGGAGAGUAUUUGAAUCCUUUAGAUAAUCUAGCCGAUUCGAGCAACGAUGCGGAGGCUUUCAUCGCGAGCGACGCGAUAGAUGAAGAUGUGACAGCUACGGAGCUGCUCUUCCUUCAAUCAGACAACAUGCACGCACAGCUCAUCCUCAAGAGGCACCCAACAUCAGGAUUUCCGGUCACCUGGUUGAUCCUUGACACCGGAUCCACGGCAAACAUCUUCUGCAAUAGAUCGCUAUUACGCAAAAUCCACAAGGUCAAGAAAGGAUUAAGGGUGCGCUGCAAUGCAGGAGUCGUUGAAUUGAACAUGAAAGGGUUUUUUGGAGAUUAUCCGGAGGCGGUGUGGUUCAACCCAAAAGGAAUAGCCAACAUUUUUUCCUUCCACAACAUGAACAAACACUGCAACAUCACAUACGACAAUGCCGCAACCGACCGAUUCAUUGUUGAUUUCAAAAACGAAAAAAUAGAGUUUCUCCCCACUGACAAGGGGUUAUACCACAUGGAUCUGAAGGACCAACUGAACUCGGCUUGGAAUUUCUUCGAGACUGUGAAAGGGCAAAAGGCCAAGCACACCAAGGCAUCAGUGAUCCGUGCAGCCAAGGCUCGCCACAUUCAAAAUAUUAUUGGACGACCUGGAGACCGAAGAUUCACGGACAUUGUAAACAACAAUCUACUGCGCGAUUGCCCAGUCACGUCCGAAGAUAUCAAAACGGCCACCAACAUAUAUGGCCCCAACUUGGGAUCGCUUAAAGGUAAAACGACAUCCACUACGGACGGUCAUGUACGCACAGAGAUUGGCGCUAUUCCACCACACAUCAAGGAGCACUAUUCGGAUAUCACGUUGGCAAUUGACAUAUUGUUUGUCAACAAAAUGCCUUUUUUGGUGACCAUCUCCCGCCACAUCAAAUUCGGGACAGUCGAGCGCCUUCACAACAGGCAAAUUCCCACCAUCAAAAGAGCUCUACAAAAGGUCAUUGCGCUCUAUUCGCGACGCAACUUCAAGGUCAUUUCCAUUCUGGGCGAUCCCGAAUUUGAACCCCUCGAGCAAGAAUUCCCCAAUAUUCAAGUGGACUGCUGUGGCGCUGAUGAACAUGAACCUACCAUUGAACGGUUCAUUCGCACCAUAAAGGACAGGGUCCGCAGCAACUACAACAUGCUCCCCUUCCGCCGCAUUCCCAAACUGAUCCUUGAAUAUUUGAUCCGCAAUGCAGUCUUCUGGCUCAAUGCCUUCCCAGCUCUAGAUGGAGUAUCCAACAAUCUGUCACCUCGAUACAUCGUCACCGGUCGCCAGGUCACCAUGAAACAUCAUGUCCGAACCGAAUUUGGGGCGUAUGUCCAAACACAUGAGGAGCACUCCAAUGACAUGCGCUCCCGCACCUUGGGAGCUAUCUGUCUUGGACCAACCGGCGCUGCUCAAGGCUCCCACUAUUUCAUGAGUGUUGCUACUGGCAAGCGAAUCUCCAGACAACACUGGACCACUCUCCCAAUGCCAACUGAAGUGAUUGAUGAAGUCAGCCAGAAAGGGCAACAACAAGGCAUGCCUUUGACACUCACAUUCGCAGACAGACAUGGAAGAGAACUGAUAGACGAUGAUGAUGACAUCGAUGACGACCAUGACUCUACCUACAGUUACUCAAGCGCCUCUGACAGUGAAGACGACCUCAGCUACGACAACGACAGCCACAGCGAUUCUGACGAUUCCGACGACUCCGAUCCGGGCUCUGACGCUGAUUAUGAUGACGAUAGUGAUGAUGAUGAUGAAACUACUGGUAAUGAUUAUGCAGCUGAAGCUCCACCAACCGGCCAACCACCAGCUACUGCUGGAUUGCCCGCAGGAGUGAUCCAGCCACCACAUCAGGUGGCAGUGGAGCCACAACAGCAUCAACUCCAGCAACAUCAGCCACAAUUCCCCCAGCCACCACAUCAGGUGGCAGUGGAGCCACAACAGCAUCAACUCCAGCAACAUCAGCCACAAUUCCCAGAUGAAAACACCGGAAACACAGGAGUGGGCGGUGCAAACACAGGAGUGGAUGCCGGAAACACAGGAGUGGGCGGCGAAAACGCAGGAGUGGAAUCAGAAGAUGAAGAGGAUGAGGAAGCACGGGCACAAGCAGCCGCCGAUGCGGACCUGAACGAUCGAAUCGACGCAUUGGCAGAGGAAGUGCAACGCGACAUACAGCAGAGAGAGCAACUUCUCCCAAACAAUCAACAACAGAUCGAGGUCGAAAUGGAUGCUGCAUACGGCCCCAGAAAUCACGGUAGAAACUUGCGCCCUAGGAAGAGGCCAACUACACAUGGGGACCAUCAAGUGAUGAUACACGUCCCACACCGAGACGAACCAGUCCCAGCAUACCAAGAAAUGAUAGCACUCUUCAACCAUGAGGUGUCAUUCCUGACAGAGCAAAUGUCAGCGAAGAAAGGACUAAAGGUAUUCGGAGACAAGGGAGCAGAAGCGGUAGUGGCCGAGAUGCACCAAAUCCACUAUAGGAACGUCCUGUCACCAAAAUUCGCGCACGAACUCACCAAGCAACAGAGAAGGGAUGCGCUGAGAUAUUUGAUGUUCCUGAAGGAGAAGCGAUGCGGGAAAAUAAAAGCUAGAGGUUGCGCUGAUGGAAGGAGCCAGCGACUGUACACGCCAAAGGAAGAUGCUUCAGCCCCUACAGUGAGAACCGAAUCAUUCAUCAUCACAUGCGCCAUUGAUGCCAAAGAAGGGCGAAAGGUGAUGACAAUUGACAUUCCCGGAGCCUUUAUGCAGGCAGACAUCGACGACGUUGUCCAUGUGAAGUUUGAAGGCGAGAUAGCCAACCUGCUAACCAAGGUUGAUCCGAGCUUGUAUACAAAAUACGUGGCGUAUGAAGGAAAGAAGCCAGUGAUCUACGCUCAGCUGAACAAGAACUUGUAUGGGACCUUAAAAGGAGCCAUUCAAUGGUGGAAAAAUCUUUCCGAGUUCCUCAUUAAUGAAUUGGGAUACGAAGCGAACCCAUACGACAGCUGCGUGGUCAAUAAGACAAUCAACGGUAAACAGUGUACCAUUAUCUGGCAUGUUGAUGAUUUGAAAAUCUCACAUGUCGAGCAAGAGGUACUUGAUGAUUUGGCCGACAAGCUAAGCGAACGGUAUGGCAAGGAAGCGCCCCUCACUAUCCAAAGAGGAGAAGUGCAUGAAUAUCUUGGAGUUACAAUUGAUUUCAGCGAGAAAGGGAAGGUGAAGUUUUCGAUGGACGACUAUGUGGAUCGUCUACUGGAAGAGGCACCAGAGGAUAUGAAGGGGGUAGCAACAUCACCGGCCGCGAAUCAUUUAUUCCAAGUCAAGGACAAGCCUACGUUGCUAGAUGACAAGAAGGCUGAACUCUACCACCACCUUACCGCCAAGCUGCUGUAUCUAUGCAAGCGAGUACGAGGAGACAUCAUGACCGCAGUGGCUUUCCUCACGACUAGAGUUUCGAGACCUGAUGAGGACGACUAUGCCAAGCUCGCGAGAUGUAUCAAGUACCUGAGAGCGACCAAAUAUAUGCCUCUUACCAUUGAAUUGGGAGACGAAUUCAUCAUGCAAUGGUGGGUAGACGCGUCAUUCGCAGUGCACAAUGACAUGAAGAGCCACACCGGAGCAGUUUUAACCAUGGGCAAGGGAGCCAUCAUUGCCAUCUCUACCAAGCAAAAGAUCAACACGGACAGCUCUACAGUGGCCGAACUAGUCGGGGUACAUGAUGCACUACCUAUGAUCAUGUGGUCCAGAUAUUUCAUCGCAUCUCAAGGCCAUACGGUGGUGGACAACGUUAUUCACCAAGAUAAUCAAAGCGCCAUCUUGCUCGAGAAGAAUGGAAGGAAGCCAUGCGGCCGCAAGACAAGGGCAUUGGACGUCAGGUAUUUCUCUAUUACCGACAAGGUUGCCCAGAAGCUCAUGACAAUCAAACAUUGCCCCACUGCAGAGAUGUUGGGAGAUUUUUUGACGAAACCUCUACAGGGAGCACUGUUCCGAAAGUUCAGAGAUCUAAUCAUGAAUUACUCAGGCCAAUCCAACUGA